UGGUGCAUCUUCAAAAAGAAAAGAAAUUCACGUCAUCCACGCCGUCUUGUUAGAAAGUUUAAAAGACAUUUACAACAUACGAAGCGUACUUGACGCCCAUCGGCAAUUUGCAGCGGUAAUCUGCAGCAAAUUACGUCGAUUACCGCCUCUACAAGAGUUUUUGCAACGCGUCCAAUUUAUCAGAUACUCAAAGUCUCAAUUAGAGACAAUUGGCCCCGUUGGGAACCAGAACGGACGGUAUUUGAAAAAACUGCAACAUUUGCACUGUUCCUUUGGACAACUGAGUAAGUUCAACAAUAAAAUUGCUGUUUUCUAUUAUUUAAAAUCUGAAUCAUCUCUAGAAGUCGAAACGGCAUUUAAAAGUCAAGAUCCUUCUCAGGAACAAAAAGUCGACAACCCAUUAGCGGACAUGACAUUACCAAGUGCCGCUCGCGUUUACACAGACGUCAACGCGCACAAACCGGAUGAGUACUGGGAUUACGAAAAUUAUGUAGUUGAUUGGGGCAACCAGGACGACUACCAGUUAGUGCGGAAGUUGGGGCGCGGCAAGUACUCAGAGGUGUUUGAAGCCAUCAACAUCACAACCACGGAAAAGUGCGUCGUUAAAAUAUUAAAACCUGUUAAAAAGAAGAAGAUAAAACGCGAGAUCAAGAUUUUGGAGAACUUGCGUGGGGGCACUAACAUCAUUACAUUGCUGGCCGUCGUCAAAGACCCUGUUUCUCGUACACCAGCUCUGAUAUUCGAGCACGUAAACAACACGGACUUCAAACAACUAUAUCAGACGCUAACAGAUUACGAAAUUCGUUACUACCUUUUUGAGCUACUUAAAGCGUUGGACUACUGCCACAGCAUGGGUAUAAUGCAUCGGGACGUGAAGCCUCACAAUGUUAUGAUUGAUCAUGAAAAUCGUAAGCUACGCCUUAUUGACUGGGGACUUGCUGAGUUUUAUCACCCAGGACAGGAGUAUAAUGUGCGUGUGGCAUCUCGCUACUUUAAGGGUCCCGAACUUCUUGUCGACUACCAAAUGUACGAUUAUUCGUUAGACAUGUGGUCUUUGGGCUGUAUGCUCGCCUCAAUGAUUUUUCGCAAGGAACCAUUCUUUCAUGGUCAUGACAACUACGAUCAACUAGUGCGCAUCGCCAAGGUGCUGGGAACCGAAGAACUAUACGCCUAUCUUGAUAAGUACAAUAUUGACCUAGAUCCACGGUUCCACGACAUUUUACAGCGUCAUUCCCGCAAGAGAUGGGAAAGAUUUGUUCACUCGGACAACCAACAUUUGGUGUCCCCAGAAGCAUUGGAUUUUCUAGAUAAACUUCUGCGUUAUGAUCACGUCGACCGUCUCACGGCUCGCGAGGCCAUGGCGCACCCGUAUUUUCUGCCUAUUGUAAACGGACAGAUGAAUCCCAAUAAUCAGCAAUAAUGGUAGGUUUCUUUAUCAAAGCAGAACUGCAGAGUAUAAACAAAUAUUCAAAAUGCGAUAACCGAAGCUAGGUGCAAAGAUCAGCAUCUUAAAAACAAAUUUAAACUUGGACCUUAUUAACAUCUACGUUUUCAGCGGGGCAUGUCUUAGAGGUUGUGCUCACAGCCAAGAAUAUUGCGUGAUCUUUUUUUUACCACCACGCCUACAAAUAUUUAAAUAAUACAAAAUAAUAGUAUAAAAAGCAGAGUGAAAAGAGAAAGACUUCAUUACUAAACACGCCUAGCAAAACUGUUGUUAAGAGAAAACCCCGACAUUUUGAAGCAGAUUAAAUAAAAUGCAAACAAUUUAAAUACAAAUAUGAAAACAGCAAAAUAUUUCUGUACGAACAAAUAAACAAUGGCAAAACUUCACUUAUCAACGUA